UGUGCCUAAGAUGGGACUAGAACUCACGGUCUCCCAGUUUCUAGCCUGGUGCCUUAACCACUACGCCAAACUGCUCUCUUUUCUCCCAUUAAUGUAUAGCAAAUCUGAGACCAGUCUUAAGACUGGAGAUGAAUACUCAUUUUUAGAGGAGAGUCCAAAUGGUUCAAGGGAAGUGCCCCUUCAUUUCUUUUGAGCUAUUGCUAGCUUUCAUCAGUACAACCAACCCUCAGUCCAGAAGGCCACUGGGUAACUUUGGGCCAGUCACUUUCUCUCAGCCCAACCUACCUCACAUGGUUAGUGUUGUGGGGAAAAAUAGGAGGAGGGGACACUAUAUACACUGCCUUAAGCUCCUGUAAAAAAGACAAGAUAUAAAUGUUGUGUAAAUAAAUACAUUAAAGUGUUUCAUUGGUGAAAAACGAUUGAAUACUAAAUGGGCAGUUCUCCAUCUUUCAAAGUGCUUCUGCUCUUGAAACCAAGAUUAUUUGUCUUGGUCUUAAAACAUCUAUGUGCCAUGGCCAGUCCCAGCAGCAGGACUGAAUCAGAUGACCUAAUAUUCUAGCAUUGGGUUCUGAUAUUCCACAGAUUGAUAAACUCAGGCAGGAUGAAGCUUAUGUAUUAAUGAAAUUCCGCAGUUAGCUGAAAAGACCAUAAAGAAGCAGCAUUAUCAGCGGCUCAGCAUCACAUGCUUGGAUGCAGUGAAUUCUCGGGGUGGGGGUGGGAGCUUUAGAGAGGAAAGGUAUUGCUGGAGAAAUCACUGAUUUUAAAUGUUUUUCAAAUCUGCCUGAGCCCUAGAAUCUUUCACUUCAGGAAUAAAGUGCUGCCUUUUAGAAUCGAAAGCCCUUUUUGUGUUCUGAUGUGUUAAUGCUGCUUGCUUGCACCAGUGAGACAGUGUCUGUGAGCAAUGGAUCAAGCCCUCUUGUGGUUCAAGAAUCUGUUCACCAGAAAGGAGACCGAAGAAAGCAAGUCGAUUGUGCAGAAAAAUGUAUAUGCUGAGAAUGAAGCAUCCUGUUAUGCCAGCAUUAACGGAGCAGAUGCUGCUGAGGUCUCUUGUGUUCCUUGUGGCAACCACACCAAUCGAGGUUCUGUCACUUGUCCUACUUGCCAGGGCACUGGAAGAAUCCCCCGAGAGCAGGAGCAACAGCUGGUGGCCCUCAUUCCAUAUGGAGACCAGCGGCUGAAGCCAAGACGGACGAAGCUGUAUGUGUUUCUCACAGUAGCCAUUUGCCUGCUGAUGACGUGUCUCAUGAUGUACUUCCUGUUCCCACGGUCAAUUGCGGUGCUCCCCUCUGGCCUCAAUGCCUCCUCCAUUUCUUUUGACAAUUAUACUUCUAGCAUCAUCCUCAAUAUGACUAAUAUAUUAAAUGUGACAAACAACAACUUUUACCCUGUGCACGUGGCUCAACUUGAUAUUGAAGUCUUGCAUAAGACAGUGGUGAUUGGGAAAAACACAGUGAUGACUCAGUUAGAUAUCAGGCCUCUGCAAAGUGCCCAGAUCCUUUACAGUGUCUCCAGUACAAUCGUGGAUAGCAACACUUACAAAAUUUGCACAUGGAUCAAAAUAAAAGUUCACAAUGUUCUUCUGCAUAUACAAGGUACCUUGACUUGUUCCUAUCUCUCUCACUCGGAGCAGCUGUCCUUUGAAAAGUAUCAGUAUGUGGAUUGCAGAGACAAUGUUCUACUGUCUUGAUUCUGGAAUCCCUCAUGGCUACAAUGGAGUCCUGGAGGCACUUCUUUUCUUCAGUCUCCUUCAGUGAAAUUGCAGUAGCAUGAUUUUCAUGCCUCCACUGACUUGUGGAGCGGGGAGAAGCAGAAUCUGUGAUUCCUUGUUGCCAGUUCUGUGAAACAGGAAGGUGGCUGUGGUAGGACAUUCCUCUUAAGAUAGCAUGGAAUGAUGCUGAUGGACCAGUGGUGUGCUAAAAGAACAGCAGAACUGCACUGGACUGCAGAAAAGAGAAUGCAAGAAGAGCAUGCUAACAUGGGACAGUUAUACUGCAUAUUGGAAUUUGAAUGGACUUAGGCUGCACUGAGCACUAGCUGGUUGCUGAAUUUGCACAGAUAUUGUCUAUUUUUUGGAGGUUGCUGCCUGGAGCUGGGGUCUAAACACAAUUAACCUUGUCACUGUAGACUUGGAGGGCCUGGAGCUGAUCUGAGGCCUUCUCCUUUUUCCAGAUCUAUCUUCCUCCCAUACCCAUACAGCAGGAAGAAAGCUUGAACUUUUUGAACACAAGCACUACGUUUAAGCUGAAGUUGUAUUUCUUUUCCCACUAGAUUUUUCCCUGCUCAUUAGUUCAGCUCUUUAUAAGUUGUAGAAAGAAAAAAGGCUCAAGUAGCCAGAAUUAUUGCCCUGUUCAAAUGCCGCUUUUCUAAAUCUAUUUCUACUAUAGUUUACUCUCUUUUGGAGCUAAGAGGAGAAUAAAAUCAUGGAGACAUUUUCUCCUGGACCAAUAUGACAGUUCUCAUACAAAAAAAAGAUCUGCAAAAUAGUCUCAUACAUUGAUAGAAGUGUUUGCCUUUGAAUUUAGGUGGGUUUGAAGCAGAUGUGCAGUGCUGCCUGAUGAUAUGAGUAUAUGGUAGGAAGGACAGGUUGGUAAGAAAAACGAAUACUUUGGUCACUGGAAAAGUCAGGUAUUUAGCCACCUUUUUACAAAGAUACUUGUUCAAUGCUUCCUGUUCUCCCAAGUUGGU